AGCACUUCAUUCCAGCAUACUUAUUGAGUAGCUGCCACUCUGAUCCCCAGCCACAGAAAGCUUCCGGUGAUGGCCAACAUGAAGCAUGCAUCGUUCCUUCCAUCCUUCAUCCUCCCACUUCUAUUUGUCCUUAUUGUCGCAACCGUUGCCGCCGGCGAUGACCAGUUCGUCUUCUCCGGCUUCACGCAGUCCAGCCUGACACUCGAAGGCAGUGCCGUCGUCACACAAGGCGGCCUCCUCGACAUGUCCAACGGCACGAACAAUGUCAAAGGUCAUGCUAUUUACCCAGCUCCCUUGCUCUUUCGCAAUUCAUCUACCGGCAAAGUGAAAUCGUUCUCGGCAACCAUCAUUUUCUGCAUCGUCGGCACGUUCCCUGGUGUGAAUGCUAAUGGCAUGGCCUUCUUCAUCGCCCCAAGCAAGAAUUUCACGGACGCGCUGCCGACGCAGUACCUGGGGAUCCUGAAACAAGAAAACAAUAGCAACCUCCUGGUGAUCGAGAUCGACACCUUCCAGAACCUCGAGUUGAAAGAUAUCAAUGAAAACCACAUCGGCAUCGACAUCAACAGCGUCUUCCCCGUGCAGUCCAACAUGGCUGGCUUCUAUGAAGACUCUAGUGGUGGUGCCUUCAAGAACUUGACGCUGAAUAAUGGCAUGAAGCUGCAAUUGUGGGUCGACUAUGAAGAGGAGGAGACAAGGAUCAACGUGACCUUGGCUCCACUCCAUGUGGGAAAACCCUUGAAGCCGCUCUUGUCUGCAACCUAUAACCUCUCAACGGUGCUCACGGAGACGGCGUAUAUCGGUUUCUCAUCCACCGCUGAACUGAUGAACGCCCGUCAUUAUAUUCUUGGAUGGAGUUUUGGCAUGAACGGGCAAGCUCCGUACAUCGACAUCUCCAAGCUUCCUAAGUUGCCUCGUGUUGGAUCAAAGCCCCAGUCCAAGCUCUUGGCGAUACUCCUGCCGAUAGCCACUGCAGCAUUGAUCAUCUCUAUCGUAACCAUUGUCAUUCUGAUGGUGCGAAGAAGGCGAAGGUAUAGGGAGGUGCGCGAGGACUGGGAGGGCGAGUUCGGUCCACACAGGUUCUCGUACAAGGAUUUGUUCGAUGCUACAGAAGGAUUUAAGAACAAGAACCUAGUUGGAGCAGGAGGUUUCGGGAUGGUAUAUAAAGGGGUGCUUAAAUUGUCCAAGAAGGAGAUUGCAGUCAAGAGGAUGUCCCAUGACUCAACACAAGGGAUGAAGGAGUUCGUUACCGAGAUUGUUAGUAUUGGAAAAUUGCGACAUCGCAACCUGGUGCAGCUUCUUGGUUACUGCAGGCGAAAAGGUGAACUGAUAUUGGUGUAUGAUUACAUGUCAAAUGGUAGCCUUGACAAAUGUAUACACUGUGAGCAGGACAAGCUAACCUUAAAUUGGGCUCAGAGGUUUCAUGUCAUCAGGGGUAUCGCCACUGGCUUGCUCUACCUCCAUGAGAAGUGGGAAAAAGUUGUGAUCCACCGAGACAUCAAGGCGAGCAAUGUUCUCCUCGAUGAUGACAUGAAUGGGCGGCUUGGUGACUUUGGCCUUGCGAGGUUAUAUGAGCAUGGCACUGAUCCACAGAGCACACAUAUGGUCGGCACAAUGGGAUACCUUGCCCCCGAGCUGGUGCGCACUGGCAAGGCGUCUCCUCAUACGGAUGUGUAUGCCUUCGGCAUGUUUCUUCUUGAAGUUGCAUGUGGGCAGAAACCAAUCAAGCAAACUACAGAGGAGAAGCAAGUUUUCUUGGUCGACAGGGUCCUAGAGCAUUGGACCAAUGGAUCCCUUAGCAAAACAGUGGAUACACGGCUCAGAGGUAACUACAACACUGACGAAGCAUGCCUGGUGCUAAAGCUAGGACUUCUUUGCUUGCACCCAUUUCCUUCUUCAAGGCCUUCCAUGCGAGAUGUUAUGCAAUACCUCAAUGGUGAGAUCCCACUACCCAAACUGAGGCCGACACCGCUGAGCUUGGGCAUGCAAGGCUUAAUGCAAGACAACGGGUUUAACACAUCUGUCAUGUCUUAUCCCCAGCUGAUGUCAAGCUUCAGCGCAAUGUCAGACCUCUCUGGAGGACGAUGAUAUUCAUAGUAUUAGUGAUUGUUCUCACCUAGCAUGUACUCAUAUAUGGCUUGCAUGUUGUAGCUUUACAAAUGUUCUAGCAUGUACUCACAUAAGAGCAUGGAUAUUCCUUCC